AUGCUCGAGUUCGCCGACAAUGUGAAGCCUCAGCUACAUACAGACAGCUUCCUCCAGGGAAAUUCCACGGAAUAUCUGGACGACAUGUAUGUAGCAUGGUGUGAAGAUCCUUCUUCAGUCGAUGCUUCAUGGAAAACAUACUUCGAUGCAAUUGAAAACGGGAAACAGCCACCAGAUCAUAUCUUCUACCCAUCAGAAGAAGCGAUUUUCGGACGGGGCUCGGGGCGAUCAUCGAUGCUUCCAGGCUUGAAUAUCGCGGCCCAGGCACCAUUCACGCCAUCGCCAUCGAAUGAUGUCCAAGCAAAACUACAACGAUUGAUUCGUGCCUUUCAGGACUAUGGGCAUUUUCAUGCAAAGACAAAUCCUUUGGAUCUCCCAGGAAAGCGACCUAUGCCACCACCAGAGCUUCAGCUAAACUUCUAUGGCUUCACUGAGUCAGAUCUAGAUCGGGGGUUUGCACUUGGUCCUGAGCUCCUUCCUCACUUUGUCGCAAAGGAAGGGCAGUGUAUGACUCUUCGCGAAGUUAUUAAAGCAUGCGAAACUGUUUACUGCGGCUCGAUCGGAGCUGAGUAUUCGUACCUCCCUUCCCGAGAAGCACGUGAAUGGGUUCGUCUGGCCAUUGAAUGUCCUGAGCCAUAUCGAUUCUCGACCGAAGAGAAAAAGAGAGUUCUCGACCGGUUAAUCUGGUCGACGUAUUUUGAGAAAUUCCUUGCAGCCAAGUUCCCGACAGCGAAACGGUUCGGGCUUGAGGGCGUCGAGAGUCAACUCCCCGCUGUUAAAGCAAUUAUAGACGCCAGCGCCGAUCAUGGAGUAAAGAAUAUCAUCUUCCCGUGUUGUCACCGUGGAAAACUCAAUAUCUUGAGCAAUCUCACCCGCAAGCCCAAUGAACUGAUGUAUAGCGAAUUUUUGGGCGAAUCGACAGCCCCAAAUGGCAUCUCAGGAGAUGUCAAGUACCACCUGGGAAUGAAUUACGAGCGGGAGACACCUUCCGGAAAAAAAGUCAAUAUCUCCAUCCUGCCAAAUCCAUCUCAUUUGGAAGCUCAGAAUCCCCUUGCCCAAGGAAUGGCGCGAGCUGUACAGCAACAGAAUGGCGAGGAUCGGAAAUCGACCAUGGUCUUCAACAGCCACACCGAUGCCUCAUUCUCUGGACAAGGUGUAAUUUAUGAGACGCUAGGGCUCUCUGGCUUGAAGUCGUAUGAGACUGGUGGAACCAUUCAUCUGAUCAUCAACAAUCAAGUCGGUUUCACUACAGAGCCCGAGUCUGCGCGUACGUCGUUUUAUGUAUCUGACAUUGCCAAAAGCAUCAACGCGCCUGUUUUUCAUGUCAACGCAGAUGAUGUCGAAGCUGUCGUGUUUGUUUCAAAGUUGGCAGCUGAGUAUCGUGCCAAGUUUGGUAAGGACUGUUUCAUCGAUAUGAUCUGCUACCGGAAGAAUGGUCAUAACGAGAUGGAUCAGCCUUCCUUCACACAGCCGUUGAUGUAUGAGAAAAUCCUGAACAAGACUACCCACUUGGAGCUCUAUACGAAAAAGCUCCUCAAGGAAGGAAUUGUUACUCGGGAAGAGAUUGAAAAGAUGAAAGGUGAUGUGUGGAGCAAGAUGAGCGAGAGCCUUGCGAACAGUAAGGAUGCCCAGCGUCUUGAUCGAGAGUAUAUCACUGCCCCAUGGGAAGAUAUGAAGCGUCCAGAAGAGACCUCUCGAGAAGUCUACCCUCCCAAGCCGACAGCAAUCACUGCCGAUGUUGUUAGCACCCUCGCAAACAAGAUGGGUGUCCCCGGGGAACCAUUCACGGUGCACAAAAGUCUUAGUAGAAUCCUUCAAAGGCGACAGGAAACUUUGACACAAGGCAAGGAAAUUGACUGGGCUACGGCAGAAGCUCUUGCAAUGGGCAGUCUGUGUCUAGAAGGCCACCAUGUUCGUGUUUCUGGCCAAGAUGUUGAGCGUGGCACCUUUUCUCAGCGCCAUGCAGUGCUGCACGACCAAAAAACAGGGUCAAAACUCACUCCUCUCGACUUACUCAGCCCCGACCAAGCCCGAUUUACGAUUGGGAACUCAUCGCUGAGUGAAUAUGGUGUCAUGGGAUUCGAUUACGGCUAUUCCACUAUGCAUCCAAAUGCGUUGGUAAUGUGGGAAGCCCAGUUUGGUGAUUUCGCAAACAACGCUCAGUGCGUGAUUGAUCAGUAUAUUUCAUCUGCUGAGAACAAAUGGCUGCUCAGAUCUGGCUUGGUAUUAUCACUGCCUCAUGGGUUUGAUGGACAAGGCUCUGAGCACUCCUCGGCUCGCAUGGAGCGAUUCCUGCAGUUGUGCAAUGAAGACGCCCGUUUCUUCCCCUUACCGGAAAAGCUGGAGAGACAGCAUCAGGAUGCCAACAUGCAAAUUGUGUAUAUGACCACUCCUGCCAACCUGUUCCAUGUUCUUCGAAGACAAAUUCAUCGCGAGUUCAGAAAACCCCUUGUGAUCUUCUUCUCGAAAUCACUCCUUCGCCACCCCAUGGCAAGAUCAAACAUCGAAGACUUCAUCGGAGACUCCAGCUUCAAGCCAAUGAUUGCCGACCCAGCCCACGGAAAAGCGAUCGCCAAGCCCGCUGAUAUCAAACGAGUAAUCUACUGCUCUGGUCAGGUCUACGUGACUCUGGAGGGGUACCGCGAAACCCACAAGAUCACAGACACCGCCAUUACACGCAUUGAGCAGCUUCAUCCUUUCCCUUGGCAGCAAGUAAAGGAUAAUCUGGCCGAAUAUACCAACGCUUCGGAUAUAGUCUGGUGCCAAGAGGAGUCUCUCAAUGAUGGUCCCUGGGCGUUUGCUAGGACUCGACUAGAGACUAUCUUCGAUACAACCGAGAAACACCGGGGUCGUCGGUUGCGCUUUGUGGGGCGGGAGGCUACAGCUAGUGUAGCUACCGGAUUCAUGAAGCAGCACAUCGCGCAGGAAGCUGCUUUGUUGAAAGACGCUUUUCAAUUGAAUUGA